AAAGUAGACUUUCCAGAGACUGUUGAAAACUCUGUGUCAGUGACCUCUUCACAAACGAAAAACCCACUGUGCACAAAUAAUACUUCAGAGGCUGCAAACCUAAGUCAAGAAUAUGCAAAUCCUCCUAAUCUAUCUGGAGCUGUGGAAAAUGCUCUGGCACAAUUGAAUGAUGGCCUUGGCCAACCUUAAGUGAACUUAAUCCCCAAACCCCCUAACACAUCCACCAGACAUAUGCCUUCCCUAAAUCUCCUGUUUCAUUGGUUUCUAGGCAGCAACAACUGUGACUGUGAGCACAGGAAAUGGACCAACUUCUGAUGUUUGAGGAACUCAUGACAAGUGGAAGUUAUGUUUAUCUUGCUCAUUUCACAUUAGCAAAUUGCAGGUUACAGUUAGUUAUAACUAAUACUGUUUUGUCAAGAUUGCGCAAUAUGUCUAGAAAUGGUAGUAUAGAUUGCUCUGCUCGUGAGCCAGUAGAAGUGUGGGCACCACCAUCAUAGAACAGAAACCACUGGCUACACAACUGUCAACCACACACUCCAUCUUACCCUGGCUCAACACUUUUCAUCUCCCAACUACACCUAUUGCUGACUAUCAGGAUACUUCUAUGGGAAACAUGAAAUGGACUAUAUGGACCUGAUCUCCUUGAUCUUUGUCCUUUGAAUGGAUCUACCACUUAGCACUUACUUCAAAGUCUUCUACUGUACCGAAGCUUUAGUGCUGUCCCUCACUUGUAAGUAGCUUUGGAUAAAAGCAUCUGCCAAAUAAAUAGAUGUAAUGUAAAUGUAAUAAUGUGCCAUUCCUAGGCUAUGAGUCCUACAUACCUACAUAUAUUUAAUCUAGUUGUCUGGUCAUCUUAUUCCUUUGCAAACUGUUAAUAAUCCUGGCCAUGAUAUCUUUAUUAAAAGGUCUGCAAAUGUAUAUUUUGUAUAUGUUUUAUGUUGCUUUUAUUGUAUCCGAAGAGAAUUCUGAAUAUUAAGCAAAGUCAAAAGCCUAGUGAAACUGGUUUCUAUCAUGUCUCUGAGUGGCUGUGGUUUUUAAUGUCACAUUAAAAACAAACACACUUCCAUGUACCAAAUUAUUCUGCAGCUGCACAUUAUCUGGUUGCCUCCAAAGAGUUGAACAAUUGACAAGACCUCGCGCUCUUGGGGCAAUACUGGCAACUCUCUUCUACGGAAAGGAGCUAAGAUUUGUCAAUAAAGUUGCUAGAUUUUUUGCUAUGUGCUUUUGUGAAGAAAAGUUGCUUCAAUCCAGGUAGUACUAGAGCUAUUUUGCUUAAAACAGCUGCCUGCUGCUGCUGAUGAAAGCAGAGAGACUGAACCAAAACAGUAAAUGUGUAUGCUGCAAAACCGAAAACAAUUAGCUACAAGAGGCUAAAAGGUGCUUCAGAGGUAAGGGGAAGUGGUAGUUGGUGAGUGACACAAUUCACAUUACACAGGGAUUGUUCUUAUAAAAAUUAUGAUUAGUACAGCUUUAAGAAAAUGCACAUUUAAAAACGAUCAAAUUCGGAUUGUGAAAUAUAUCAAAAAGUGACUGAAAUCUGGGAGACAGAAUGAGCUAACAAAUCAAAUCUUUCUUAUACUUUGUUUAUACUAGCACGCUGUGAUGAUUAAGAAAUCUGUAUGUGUGUACCUAAUGAGAAAAGUGGUGUGCAGGCAAAUUAAGAGCCAUUGUUUUCUUCAAGUGUAUAUAAGAAUGCAUAUGCACGAGAGAUUGAGAGAGAGAGAGAGAAGGGGGAGCUGCUGCUGUGUGCAUUCUGUUGUCAGCACACGCGCACACACAUACGCACUCUAUUCCAGCUCUUGCUUGCCUCAUCAGCAGCAGAGUGGGUUGGCUUGCUGCUGCAUUUCUCUCUCUCUCUCUUUCCCUCUCCCUCUCUCCCUCCCUCCUAACCCGGACCUCCAGCUGCAUCGGGAGCCUGCAGAGCGGUGAGCAGGACGAAGGCCAGAGCUAGCAGGUAGCAUGUUUGAUGCCCUGCCACCAUAUCCACAACAGGCAGAAAAAAGAGUGUGACACCAUCUUCCAACAGUAAAGAACCAAUAGAAACACUAAAGAAUAAAACAGCUGGAGCUGGAAGAAGAGGCAACAAGAGAAAAGGAGAGAUGACAUGAUGAGAGCCCUCACCAUGCCCGCCUGCUAUGCCUCUCUGCUCUGCCUGCUCCUCCUGCUGCUGUGUGGGGUUCUGGGAGGUGGGGUGCUGUCUAUCUGCCCCUCUGUAUGCUCUUGCAGCCGUGGACACCGCGUGGUGGACUGCUCGUCACGAGGCCUAACCAAGCUACCGCCUGGUCUUCAGCACAACAUUCGCUUUCUCAACCUGUCUUUUAACAGCUUGCAGGGUCUGGACAGCCAGCUCCGCCACUAUGCCCACCUGCGGACGCUGGACCUGUCCUACAACCGCCUGGAGAACCUGCCCACUGACCUGCCGCGGUCUCUGUGGGACAUCCGAGCAGCGGGGAACCACCUACGCUCGCUGGACAAAAAUGACACAGCUUACCAUUGGAACCUUAAAGUACUGGACCUGUCAGACAACGAACUGGAGAGAGUGGUCUUCAUCAACAACACACUGCCCAGUCUCCAAGCUCUCAAUCUCAGUCACAAUAGGUUCUGGACUGUGCCCACGAAUAUGCCACACAAUUUAGAGUGCAUUGAUUUGUCACAUAACUAUCUGUUGCAGAUCCUGCCUGGAUCGCUGGAUAGGCUGCCCAGGCUGGCUCAGUUAUACUUGCAUGCUAAUCGCUUCUCCUGGUUGGCUGAGGGGGUCUUUGAUAAGCUGACAGGGCUGGAGAUGAUGACUCUUGGAGAUAACCCCUGGGCUUGUGAAGAAGAAGAAAACAUAACGAAGCUCCUGAAAUGGGCUGAGCAGACCCGUGCAGCCGUCUUAGGCUGCCCCUGUUAUACAAGACCUAUCUGUGGGCAAACCCAUCUGGCAACACCAGGGAGGGAGUGGCAUUCUGCACUGUUCACAGAGCCACCACUCUGGGUUAACAGCAGAGUUGAAGGACAUGCUGGUCAAUCACCUGCAAGGACUGCAGAGGUCACAUCGAGUUUCAAGGUCAAAUCUGCGCUUUUUGAGAAAGGAAUUUAUCAGGACAAAAGAGGAAUGAAUGAAUCUGGGGACCAUGUGGUUUUUGUCUGGGCAUCUUCCACAAGUUUUGACAGUUUCUCUGCACACACAAGCACAACAGCACGCCCAUGGUCUUCAACAAAGAAGCCCAAAGUAGCUAACUCAAAGAAUAAAGGUCACGGCCUUCUCAUCGCGACUCAGCAAACUGUCACCCUGUCUAUGAUAGUAAUGACAGCAGCAUUCCACACCUUUUGAAAGAACCUGGACUAGACACAAAAUGCGUUUUUUACCAGAUUAUUUUGGUCAGUGAAUGUAUGACCAAGUAACUCGACUUAGCACCUUCAUUUUUCCUCAUAAAAACUGUUGUGACUGUUACUGCCUUCUGUCAGUAUCAUCAAGUCUAUCAUCGUUUUCAAUAGCUCAACAUGUAAAACAUGACAAUCGCUCUCAAAUUCGUGUACACAAAGAUGAACUGUACAAACCUACAAGACAGAAAACUUCUCAAAAUGUCUGUAUACACAAUUCAGCUGUUGUGCUAAUAUCAACGCUAAACUGCAAUGGGUUCACACUGACAAACUGCUAUGCUUUCCUAUGCUUUCUUCAAAAUAAUGAUGCUUGUGCUACUGCGCUAUUCAAAAAUCGGAUUUACAAUAUACGUUAUAAAACAUUCAAUAGCCCCUAUUGGUACCCCUGGCUCACUCUGUCACUGAGUUGGGUCAAAAAUGUCUGAACAACAAAUUAGUUACCUGUGAAGGUUUAGGUAAAUGAAACAAUUCAACAAAAAACAUUAGGAAUUCGUAGAAUAGUUAUGGGUGUUCCUGUCUGCAGUGGAUGAAAUAUAACAGAAAUUCCAUGAAUUACAGCAGUACAAUGCAAUGAAUGCCCUAUGAUGUAAUAAAGUAUGCAACAAUAUAAAGUCUAAGAACAAAAACCAAAGCACAAGAAACAUAUAAUCACAUUGAAAAGACAGAGGAAGACGGCCCAUCAAACUUUCAGAAAAGGCAAGAAUUUUUCUGUAUACCUGUCAAAGAAAGAGUUUACUACAUCAAAUUCUUUAAUUUUUGUGAUAUAUAUAUUAAGAUGCAAUUGUGUUUCUUGAUCAGAAUGUUGGUGCCGUUUUUUUGUUUUUGUUUUUUUUUAC